GAAUUUGAUAAAAUAAAAUAAGCAAAGAGAGAAUUUUUUUUUUUUUCCUCCUUUUGCAGCGGUUAAAUUUAAAACUGCUCCAGUCGAGCACUCAGUUGAAUUCAUCGCACAAAAAUCCUCCCUCUCUCUCUGGAAUCAAUUUUCGAUUCAAAGUUUGGAUUCCAAUUCAAAAUGGAAGUCGGAGGCAACUUGGACGCGACAAUAGAUUCGCUGUUGAAUGUGGAGAAGCAGAUGAGACUUGUAGGCGAUGUUGCGGGCACAAAGAAGGCGGUAACUGAUAUCUUGCAACUUUGCUUUGAAGCCCGUGCUUGGAAGACCCUCAAUGACCAGAUUGUGUUGUUAUCCAAGCGACGUGGUCAAUUGAAGCAGGCUGUAACUGCGAUAGUUCAGCAGGCCAUGCAAUACAUUGAUGAGACACCUGAUAUUGAAACUAAGAUUGAGAUGAUUCAAACCCUUAACAGUGUAUCUGUUGGGAAGAUAUAUGUUGAGAUAGAGAGGGCACGGUUGAUCAAGAAACUUGCAAAGAUUAAGGAAGAACAAGGGCUUAUAGCUGAGGCUGCUGAUUUGAUGCAAGAAAUUGCUGUGGAAACAUUUAGUGCAAUGGCAAAAACUGAAAAAAUAGCUUUCAUUCUUGAACAAGUUCGUCUGUGUUUAGACCGCCAGGAUUAUGUUCGUGCACAAAUCCUAUCAAGAAAGAUCAGUCAUAGAGUUUUUGAGAUUGAUACUUCAGAAGGGAAGAAAAAACCCAAAGAAGAUGAGAAUGUUGUGGAAGAGGCUCCAAUUGAUAUACCAUCGCUACCAGAGUUGAAGCGAGUCUACUAUGAACUAAUGAUACGGUACUAUCUACAUAGCAAUGACUACCUUGAAAUAUGUCGUAGUUAUAAGGCAAUAUAUGAGAUCCCCUCUGUCAAAGAAAACCCAACUCAAUGGAUACCAGUUUUAAGAAAAAUUUGCUGGUAUUUAGUUUUAUCACCGCAUGCUCCUAUGCAAUCAAGCCUUCUAAACUCUACCUUGGAGGAUAAGAAUCUUUCAGAAAUUUCUCAUUUUAGGUUGCUCUUGAAACAAUUAAUUACGAUGGAGGUAAUUCAAUGGACGGCUCUGUGGAAUACAUUCAAGGAUGAGUUUGAGAAUGAAAAGAACAUGCUUGGUGGUGCUUUAGGUGACAAAGCGGCUGAGGAUCUUAGACAGAGAGUCAUAGAACAUAACAUCCUUGUCAUCUCGAAGUAUUAUUCGAGGAUCACCUUGAAGCGACUUGCAGAGCUGCUGUGUUUUGGUAUUCAGGAAGCUGAAAAACAUCUUUCAGCUAUGGUGGUAUCCAAAGAACUCGUGGCAAAGAUUGACAGACCAACUGGUGUUGUCUCUUUCCAGACAACAAAGAACAGCAAUGACGUUUUAAAUUCAUGGGCCAUGAAUUUAGAGAAGCUGCUUGAGCUUGUGGGAAAGAGUUGCCACCAAGUCCACAAGGAAACUAUGGUUCACAAAGCUGCCUUGAAAGUGUGAGAAUAUCACUGACUGCAAGUAUAGUUCUCCUUUUAUAAUUUCUAUGUUAUUAGGGCAAAUGCAAAAUAUUACUAAAAGAUCGUAGAAAUGAUGAUGAAGGGUUUACAUUC